AUGGCCGAACCUCCUUCAACUGAUCCUGCCUUUUCAAACUGCGUCAAUCGUGAGACCGCGCAUCAGGAGUCAAGUAUUGUAAUGACGUGUUUUGCUUCUCUGUUAGUCGGUGGCGAGGAGGCAGAUAGGGGCCAGAAAAAUGCAGUCCUGACUUCUAAACCACCACUGAGUCCAGUCGCGAGCCACCAGCCCCAGUUAUCCCGCCGGAUUUCUGGUUCAAACACGCUACCGCGCGCCCCUCAACCCAACCGCAACGCUGUACAAAUUGGCGCUGUAGCCAGUUUGGCUAUUAGUGGUGGUCUGAGUGGAGAGGAUUUGCUGCGCCUCGGACAGAACCGACCGCCCCCAGUUUCAGUGCGCUCAACGCGCGGAGCUAAUGUGUCUGCAAAAAAUGGAACUCUGCGGAUAGCUCUGCGUCGCGGUCAUCACACAGCUCCACCAGGAACAGUUCAAAUUGGCCGAGUCACUCGCGUUGCCCGCUGCGACAUCUGUCUGUCCCCGCCUAACUCCGGUCUCUGCAGUUUCAACAGCAGUCCCCGAGGUUCUCCGCUUCACCUGACGCGUGUUGGAGGGAUUGCAACAGACACGGACCGGAAGUCGUCGCUUCCACUGCUGCCCACUGACCAACUUGUGCGUGUGGGUCCAGGUAAUGUGUUUAGCACAAAGGGACAGAGCUACUCACGGAUCAACUGGUUUCCCCAACCCUACAAGUCAACAUCCACGGAGGCCUCUUCUCCGCCCCCUGAGAUUCCCACCAGUCGCGUUUCCGUUGACAGCACUACCUCCUCAAAACUUCCUCUGCUCUCAGACACUGAUUACUUGCCGGCAGCUCCCAUUUCCCCUGGUGGUCAUUCUACAAGUUCAGACGCACAGAUUGGCGACCAGACGCACGCAUCGUGUCCCACACCCGCGACAUCUGAGGAAGGCUUUCAUUUCUUCGGUUCGUCCUACCCCACCCCCUCCUCCGUCUUUGCCAAGCCCCAGACACGAGUUGUCACCGUCGACGUCGGCAGACUGUCACCCUCGGCUGAUGCCAGAUUAGAAGCUGUACACCAACAGCGUCUGUAUCAGCAGCAUUUUGCACGGAGCGUACGGAAUCUACGACGAUACCGCCACAUCUACGGUGAUUCGCUCACGUCGAUUCCGACUCCUAGCAAGGCCUCCUCACCGCCCACCGAAGACGACCGGAACGUGGCCGUGAGGUUGACGCUGCCGGUGCAGCAUCGUCGGUGUUCGGCAGACGAAGCGCUCAUCUCCGUCGGCAGCAAUGGAACGGAGGCAGCCGGUUCCACGCGAGAGGCCUCUUUCCUUCCAUCCGACACCUCUCCAAAGAUGACCUCUGCAGAACAGCAUCAACGACGACGACGACGGCUCUUCGUCGCCCACCGAGCGGAUCACAACACAACCUCACAGGAACAGAUGGUGGAUGUCGUCGUUGCCGAAACAACCCACCCAGACCAUCCCUCCCUCGAACCGCCAUCCUCGUGCGAGGGGACCUGGUGUUACCCCCUGAGGCGAUGUGAGUUGAGGUGGUCGCAAAUUGGAGACACGGAGCGCCAAUCAGUAGCCGAUUGUGGACUCCUGCUGACCAAUCACCUUCAUCCGCUGUGCUGUUCACUGCGUGUGUCGCAGGAUGAUCGCAUUUCACUCGACUACACGUGUCGGCUAUACUUCCCACAACAGGACAAACCACUUGACAAUCUGCUUGUCGAUCUUAAUGCACCAUCGACGGAGGCGUCCGGUGCAGAAGACGGCCCCGGCGACACCGCAAAAGUGGCCCAAACUCACUUCGAAGGUCUGGCCAAUUCCGGCCAGGGCGCUCGUGGUGGCGGUGGUGGUGGUGGUGGUGGCGUCGCUGGUCCCCCCGGUGCGUUCCCCCUCAUGGUUGCCGCGGAGACCCUGGCUGCGAGUUUCGGCGUCCACGUGAGCCGAGGUCAGGCCGGAGGAGGUGUCGACGCCCAAGGCGCCCCGUCGAAGUCUUCUGCGGCUUCAAAAAAGGCCGCGUCUUUGAAGAGUGGCUCCGGAUCUACUCCACUUCGACAACCGACUCAAGAUUCACCAGGCCAAGCUCCAGACGUGCAGACGACGCACCAGAAGAGCAGCAUUCUGCGUUCCACGUUCGCACGCAUGCGGCAGGUGGCGUCUGGUGGCCAGAUCACCGGUGGCGCCGCCGCCCCCACCUCCUCCUCCUCCACCGCCUCUUCGCCACCCUUUACGACAUCCACGACCUCGAGCAGUGCCGGCUCGCCCCCUUUGCGUUCCGCUUUCCAUCAACGCCUGGCCCACUUCUCCCAGACAUUCACCCACGAUAAACCAAGUCCGCGUCGGCGCAAGCUCCACCAGAUCCACCGGAGCUAUCAGUCCUACCAGCCUCCACAAUCUCCUGACACUGGCGUGGAAGGUGGCGGCACGAGGUCGGAGGUCGCCGAGUUGGGUGAUCGCAAGUACACCCAACUCCGUCUGCCCCUCACGGCUGUCCUUGAACCGAGCAAUUCCUUCCUCCAGUCUCUCAGUGACGAGAUUCCUGUUAAUGCCAAUGAGCUUGCUGUAACCAUGCCAAUGCAAUUGGCCGUAGUCGACACUGCCAUGGUUGCAGCGACGGGAGAGAGCGCGUCUGAAGAAGCAGUUGAAUUCGCGUCGAUGCAUCAGUCCCUCGUGAGCGUGGAGCAGACUGUCUCGAGCAAUGCCGACUCCUCCACGUCUUCCCACUCCGGGAAGGAAACAGUGGCGCAGACGUCUAGACGUCUGCUUCGACGGCCAACCGAUCCAGCCCUGAGCGUCGAGCUCGGAUCUGGUGACCUUCAGGAGGCCAUUUUGAUGGAACCACCAAUCCUCUAUCCUGAACGCUCAUUGGUCGGAUCUCUGCCACUGCAUCAGUGUGCUCGAAGCACAUUCUCUGCUUUUGUGCCGUUUGUGGUGGAACUCUGCGUCACUCUGGUGGAGAAAUUCGGUCUGAAUUGUGUCGGAAUCUACCGGGUCUCUGGCAACAAACUAGCGCAUGACUUUAUGGCAGCUGAGCUGUGCAAGCAACUUGGCGAGAUCGACGCCACUAACGAGAAGUGGAACGACAUCCACGCGCUUGCCUGCGUGCUGAAGACCCUUCUGCGCAACCUACCAGACUCUCUGAUUCCAAAAGUCAUGUAUCCUGACUUCCUCGGAGCGUCAAGACUGGAGUCUUGGGAGCGUCGGCUGCUGUCCCUGCAACGCCUCCUCAGUAUCAUGGAGUGCUACCCGAACCACCCCGAGUACCGGGUGCACCGGGCCACCCUGCGUUACCUUGCCACCCACUUGGCACGCGUGGCCUCACGCCAGGCCGUGAACCGCAUGACAGCCUACAAUCUGGCCCUCGUUUUCGCGCCAAAUCUCAUCCAAUCAAACGAGGACAGCCCGGAACUCUUCAUUGCCGAUUCCAAGUUCAAAAUAUGGCUGCUUGAGACAAUGAUUAAGUACCACAAGUGGGUGUUUUCACCUGACCUGGGCAUCGAAAGCGGUUGCUUCGUGCCCGAAGACUCCGACAACAUGCUGCUAACGGACGAGGCCCUGGCAGAGGUCAUGGCUGCAACCACAACCUCAAACACCUCUCAGGGUCUGGAGUUCGCGAACCAACCCGGUCGCUCUGAAGGCGACGUGCGGCCAGUGCUUCAGGAGAUGCUGCAUGCAGCUGCGCUGCUGCCUCCACCACCUUCGACGUCUGUACUUGAGGUUGCAGAAGAGCCGGGUCCGAGCACGGACCGUCCAACCGACGUGACCACGGUCGUGGAACAGGCCCUCGAAUCCAGUGCUGUUGAACUUCAGGAGGCGCAGCAACAGCAGCAGCAACAACAACUGCAACAGCAACAACAGAGAUUCCGUCCAGUUAGUCAACCCGGAGGAGAAUAUCGGUCACGCAAGCAAGAACGGUCACUCUCGGUCGGUCGCCGAAGGGAAGGACGUCAAGCCGCAGAAGCUGAACUCCCAAGGCAUCGAAUUCGUGUCCCCCCAAACACGGAUCCCUCCGACACCCCAGAAAGUAAGGCUGUGAUUGGCUCAACUGAAAAAAACUGCACACUUGAGCACCUCAUCUUGAUUCGCCAAUGUCCACGUGAGGUAGUGUAG